AUGAGUUUGGACGAUAACAUGGUCCACCAACACCCGUGUGCCUGUUGUGCGCUCCUGGUAGACUGCAAAGUCAAAAACCAGGAGUUGCAGGCCUUCAUUGCUAAGCGAGAAUGGGGGAUGGAGCAGGACCUCACCCGGUUUAGGGAACAGUACAGGGAUUCCUUUAAGCGAAACCGUCUGAAAGAAAUAGAAGAGCUAAAGGCUACAGCUGCGAGCCAGAAGGCCAAUCUGACCAGUCAGAUUGAAGACCUGAAGAAGGAUCUGAAAGAAAAGACCUGUCAGUUGAAUGAAGCGCAAAAACAGCUAAAGCUCGCUCAAGACGACGACGUCUGUGCCAAGCUGCGCAGAGAUCUGAGGAUGGCCGAGGUCAGAGAGAAGGACUCAACCCAAGCCAGAAUAUCCGACUCAACCCAAGCCAGAAUAUCUGAGCACCGAGGGUUUGAAGAGCAGCUUAGAAGAGCUCAAGAAGACCUGACAGCUAAAGACGAAGAGAUCCUGGCUCUCCAUAAAGCCAAGAAUGAGUUCCUGUUUCGGUUGACAGAUGAAGGUGAGGGACCCGUUCAUGCCAAACCAACCAAGAUUAAGGAUCUUUGUCCCAUGGAGCACACACAGGUGGAAGCACAUGAGGCCAAACUGACCUGCGUCAUAGGAUUGGCUCGAAAGCAAGAGACGCGUUUGAACGCCGCCCAGAGAAGUGUGGAACAAGAGCUCAGACAGAAACAGCUCCAGUUAGAAGUAAGAGAUCUUCAGCUCCAGACUCUGACAGAGGCCAACGAGUUCAUGAUGCAGAACGUCACACGAUUGACUGAAGAUGUGACUCGUCUUCAUCGGGAGAUGCAACAGUUUGUGAAGGAGCCCACAACGUCUGAAUGUGGAACAGAGUCACGGCCUCAGACGGUGGAACAGUCACAUAGAGAGACUGUACCUGAGGUAGAGGUGAGUGCGCAGGACCUGUGUGAGCAGAGGCGGCUGACUGCAGACUCCUCACAAGCGGCGACAAACGUGAGGAUGCCGUUCCAGGUGAUUGAAGAGGAGAAGCAGCGCCGUAAAGAGAAAUCCAUUCGCAACGUCUUGUGUUGCUUCCGCCAGUCACAUUUAGAGACUGUGUCUGAGGAGGAGGUGAGUGCACAGAACCUGCGUAAGAAGAAGGGGCAGCUCAUAAGGACAGGCGCUUUUAAACAGGCGAAGACUGCAGACUCCUCACAAAAGACGACAAACUUGAGGAUGCCGUUCCAGGAGGGUUGUGGCGACUGCAUGGUUAGCAACCAUGAGUCUGCGCAGGUGUCCUAUGGGAGCUCACUGAAAAGCAACCAGCCCCUUCGGGCCCAGUGUGGCAAGGCACAGUACCACGAGGCCCAGUACGGCGGGGCCCGGUGCCAGCAAGGCCCGGUGCCGCGAGGCCCAGUACAGCGAGGUCCAGUACGGUUGAGGCCCAGUGCGAGCGAGGCCCAAUACAGCAAGGCCGAGCUGCGACCGUAA